CCGGGCCGGUGCGGGCCAAUGCGGCCGGCGGCGGCGCGGCGCUGCCCGGCGCAGCCAAUGGAGGGCGCGGGCAGGAGCGCUGCCGCCGGGGGCCGGGGGGCGGCGGGGGGGGCCCCGCCAAUCGCGGCGGGCCGGCGGCAGGGAAACACUAUUAUGCUAAUGGUGUUUUGCUCGCACUCGCGGGGAGCGGGGUUUAAAAGGCAGCGGCCGGGGGCAGGGGUUCAAAGGCGGGAGGCAGGGCCGGUCUGAGCGCGCGUACGGGACGGGAGGAGAGGAGCGGCGGGGGGGCACCCACGCCUUCCCGGCCCGGCGGCGAUGUCCAACGUGCACCUCUCCGGCACCGCCGCCCUGGAGCGCCUCUCGGCCCGGCGAGCCCUGGUCGGGCACGGCCGCAGCCCCGUCUGCAGGAGCCUCUUCGGGCCGGUGGACCACGAGGAGCUGGGCCGGGAACUGCGGGAGCGCCUGCGGGAGAUGGGGGAGGACGACCAGCGGCGCUGGGACUACAACUUCCAAACCGACACGCCGCUGCCGGGGCCCGGCCGCCUGCGCUGGGAGGAGGUGGAGGCCGGCGCUGUGCCCGCUUUCUACCGGGAGACUCUGCAGGUGGGACGGUGCCGCGUCCCCCUCGUCCGGGCGCCCCCUUCCCCGCCGCCGCCGCCCGCCGCCGGCAAGGGGCCCGGGGGCCGCCUGAGCCGGGAGAACCGCGCAGCGCCCCGCCGCCGCGGCAUGCGGCUCCGCCGGAGGGGCCCGACCGCCCGCAUCACAGAUUUCUUCGUGAGGAGAAAAAGGCCGGCAGAGCCCAAGGCGGCGGCGGAGCGCCCCGCGGGCUGCCCGCCGCCCCCCGCCGCCGUGCCGGCUGAGCAGACUCCCCGCAAGCGGCUCCGGUGAGCCAGACUUUUGCACUACUGCACCCACGGGAGAGGCGCGCCGCCACGGGAGGCGCGACGCCCCGGAGGCGCGGGGGGCCGGGGCGGGCGGCGCGGCGAGCCGGGACCCCCCCGCGCCCGCCCGGCCCCGGAGCGGCAGCCGGAGCGGAGCCGCAGCGCCGGCCGCGCACGGAGCAGUGUUAUCGUACAACAGUGCAAUGUAUGACGUUCUGUAUAGAAAUGUAUUAUGCCUAAUGUGAGUACACUGGCCAGAAGUGUAAAGCUUUAAAAGUCAUUUAUAAGAAAUGUUUAAUCUCUGCUGAGCUCUCAGUGCAAAAAAAAGGAAAAAUUAAAAAAACAAGUGUAUAUUUGUACAAAACUUUUUUUAAGAGUUAUACUAACUUAUAUUUUCUAUUUAUGUCAGAAACGUGGAUAACUUUGACAUCCAAUAGUCUUUUUUUUUCUUUUGGUUAAGCCAAAGGGCACUAUAUUUGCUUUUGUUAUUCACAAAAUGUAAAUUUAUUUUUAUAGUGGAUUUUUUUUUUUUGCAUUCACAAGAUGUAGCUAUGAAUCAAAAUAUUUUUUAGACUUUACUUGAAGACAAAUCUGUUUCAAUGGAUCCUGAGCCGGUCUGUACCACUGCCAUUGCAAAUAAUGCCACAACUUCAAUAAUAAAAUUAAAUAAAAGGAAACGGC